GAGUGAAAUAAAUUAGGUGUUCUUUUCCAAAUAGCAGAAAUCCAGGUGGAUUCCAUUCAGAAAUGGUUGCCUGUUGCUGGACAUAUUGGUCAGUUUCCCAAUGAACUGCUGUGCUUCAUUUUACCAAUUAGGUUUCAGAUUGUCUGUACUAUUUAAAUGAAAACUGGAUCUACACACCUAUUUAAGAGUUCAGCAGUCAAAGAAAUGUGUACCAUAGCACAUUGAUAAUACUGAAGUUUGAAAAUCUCACUGACUUCUUUGAGUUUUAAAGUUGAGUUUUAAAACAUCAGUGGAUGUCAUUAAAGUACGUGAUCAUCAGUCGUUCACAAUCAUGUCAUUCUGGAAUGUUUUUCUGAAUGGUUUACCUUUUCUUAAGCAAAAUUUUAAAUGUGAUUACUGUAUUCCUUGAUGGUUUCAGCUGCUGAUGCAUGAUCAGAAUGAGUGGAUUAGGAGAGAACAUCUUGGACAGUAUGAACAGUGACUCAAGAAAACGCAAACCAUGUGAUAUCACAGGAUCGGGUCUCGUAUGUAGUGGAGAGAAGCGGCGACGUGAGCAGGAAAGUAAAUAUAUUGAAGAAUUGGCUGAACUGAUAUCUGCUAAUUUGAGUGACAUUGAUCAUUUCAAUGUCAAACCGGAUAAAUGUGCAAUUUUAAAGGAAACAGUUCGACAGAUACGUCAGAUAAAGGAACAAGGAAAAACAGCAUCUACUGAUGAUGAUGUUCAGAAGGCAGAUGUAUCUUCAACUGGACAGGGUGUUAUUGAUAAAGAUUCACUGGGACCACUCCUCCUACAGGCAUUAGAUGGCUUCUUAUUCGUAGUAAAUAGGGAUGGAAACAUUGUAUUUGUAUCUGAAAAUGUCACUCAGUAUUUGCAAUAUAAACAAGAGGACCUGGUUAAUACUAGUGUUUACAGUAUCUUACAUGAGGAAGAUCGGAAAGAUUUUCUUAAAAAUUUACCUAAAUCUGCAGUGAAUGGAGUUUCUUGGACCAACGAAGCACCGAGACAGAAAAGUCAUACAUUUAAUUGUCGCAUGAUGGUGAAACCAUUAAAGGAACUUCUAGAAGAUAUAGGGAGCGGUCAGGAAUCACAUCAAAGAUUUGAAACCAUGCAGUGUUUUGCGUUAUCACAACCAAGAGCUAUGCUAGAAGAAGGGGAAGAUUUGCAGUCCUGUAUGAUAUGUGUCGCGCGUCGUAUCUCUACAAUAGAGAGAGUAUUUUCCCCAAACACAGAGAGCUUUGUUACUAGGCAUGAUCUUUCAGGUAAACUUGUUAACAUAGAUACAAAUUCUUUAAGGUCUAUGAGACCGGGAUUUGAAGAUAUAAUCCGCCGUUGCAUUCAGAGAUUUUUAUGCCAAAAUGAAGGUCAACCCUGGUCAAACAAGCGGCACUAUCAGGAAGCUUACAUGCAAGGCAUUGCUGAAACUCCACUCUACCGGUUCUCUUUAGCUGAUGGAACAAUAGUGACAGCACAAACAAAAAGUAAAUUAUUCCGAAAUCCGGUUACCAAUGACCGACAUGGGUUUAUCUCUACCCACUUUCUUCAACGAGAACAAAAUGUUUAUCGACCAAAUCCUAAUACCGUGGGACAGAACAUAAGACCUUCUACAGCUAUGAGCACCAAUUCAUGUGGAGGUGUUAUGAAUAUGAUACCUGGGCAAAAUGUACCUCUUCAAAACAGAAACUAUGGCAUGGGAGAUCCUAACAUGAUGGGGCAGAUGAGUGGUGCUAGGUAUGGGGGUCCAGGAAAUAUGGGACCAAUGAACUCUGGGCAAGGAAUGCAGUCUUUUCCGUAUCAACAUAAUUAUGGAUUAAAUAUCAGCAGUCCACCACAUGGCAGCCCAGGGUUGAAUGCCAGUCAACCAAAUAUAAUGAUAUCGCCUAGGAAUCGUGGGAGUCCAAAAGUGAAUUCACACCAGUUUUCUCCUGUACCAGGUGUACACUCUCCAAUGGGACCGGUCAGCAAUUCAAGCGGCAACAACUUUUCAAGCAGCUCACUUAGUGCUCUUCAGGCCAUUAGCGAGGGAGUUGGAACAACUCUCCUCUCCACACUUUCGUCACCAGGUCCUAAACUGGACAGUUCUCCAAAUAUGAAUGUUCCUGCACAAAGCAAAAUGGGAAGUCAGGAUUCAAAAAGCCCUCCUGGCAUAUUUUGUGAGCAGAAUCAAGUGGAGAGCUCUAUGUGCCAGUCAAACACCAGGGACUCAAAUAGUAAUAAAGAUAGCAAAGAGGAGAGCCUUGAAGGUGCUGAUCAGAGGGGACCAGCUGAAAGCAAAGGACAUAAAAAGCUUCUUCAAUUGCUAACCUGUUCCUCAGAGGAGAGAGGACAUCCAACACUUUCAAAUUCACCCUUGGAUUCCAGCUGCAAAGAAUCUUCUAACAAUGCUACAAGUCCUUCAUCUGGUGUUUCAUCUUCUACGUCUGGAGGAGUUUCUUCAUCAAAUAUGCAAGAGAAGCACAAGAUUUUACAUAAGUUGCUACGAAAUGGUAAUUCUCCAGCCGAAGUAGCAAAAAUCACAGCUGAAGCUACUGGUAAAGAUCCAUUUCAUGACACUAACACAGUUUCCUGUGGAGAAGUAGUGAAACAGGAACAAAUGAGUCCUAAAAAGAAAGAGAAUCAUGCUCUGCUUAGAUACUUGCUUGAUAAGGAUGAUGGAAAAGAGCCGCUUUUAAAAGACGUUAAACCUAAAAUUGAAACUGUGGAUACCAAGAUGGGACAGUGUUGUAGUUCAGCCAUACCUACAUCAAGUAAUGAAAAGGAGAUGAAAAUAAAAACAGAACCCACAGAAGAGAUAAAUGGCAAUUUGGUGGAUAAUUUAGAUGCAAUUUUGGGUGAUCUAAAUAGUUCAGAUUUUUGCCAUAAUCCUGUACCUACAAAUGGAAUUAGUAUGGGGAAUAAGCUACCUCUAUGUCAAGGAAAUACACUAAUAGGUGUCAGAAGUCCCCUGUCUAGGCAGACCAUCCGCCCACCUUUCAACAGAGCCAUAUCUUUAGAUAAUCCUAUAUCGGUGGAUUCUGUCUCAUCAAUGAGAAAUGCCAGUUCAUAUUCUAUGUUACAGAAGCAAAACAUGAUGGCUGAGAGACCAAGAAUGAUUGAAAGUCAAGAAAAUUUUGGAGCCAAUAUGGGGAUAUGUAACAGAAACAUCUCAGUGAAUCAACAUUCAGCAAGUGAUUGGAGUCUACAAAAUUCAAAACUGAGCAGGAUGGAGCCUACAGCUUCUGGUUCAAUGGCAAGGGCUGGGUCAGACUGCAGUUCUUCUCUUGCCCGGUCUUCCAUGGGAGGAUCCAUGCCUGGCUUGCCCAUGAGGUCAAAUAGUAUGCCUGGCACCAGAUCAAUGCUCCAACAGGAAAUGAUCCAUAUGAGGACAAAUGAGAAUAAUGUAGGAAUGGGAGGGAGUCCUUAUGCACAUCCAGGACCACCUAACCAGCCAAAUGUAUGGCCUGACAGCAUAGUCUCUAUGGAACAAGCACCUCAAGGCUUGCAAGACAGGCAGUUAGUUAGAAAUUCCUUGGAUGACCUAUUAUAUACUACUCCAAACGUAGAUGGGCAAAGUGAUGAAAGAGCUCUACUAGAUCAACUGCAUACAUUGUUGAGCAAUACUGAUGUUACCAGCCUUGAAGAAAUUGAUAGAGCCUUAGGAAUUCCAGAUCUUGUAAACCAAGGACAAGCUUUGGAAUCCAAACAUGAAGCAUUUCAUGGCCAAGAUUCUACAGUCAUGAUUGACCAGAAGCCUCCAAUAUAUGGCCAACCCUACCAUGGGCCAGGAGCAGGAAUGCCCGGUGGUUUUAGUGGCAGCAUUCAGGGCCAACAGGCAGCCUUUAACUCGAUGAUGUCUCAGAUGAACCAGCAGAACAAUUUUCAAAUGCAAACCAUGCAUCCCAGAGCAAAUGUUAUGAGACCGCGAAGCAAUACACCAAAGCAGCUCCGUAUGCAACUCCAGCAGAGGCUUCAAGGACAGCAGUUUUUGAAUCAGACUCGUCAAACGCUUGAUAUAAAAAUGGAAAAUACCAAUCCUGGUGGUGCAUCGGUGAUGAGACCUGUUCUACCUCCCCAGAUGGGAUCACAACAAGGCUUCCUUAAUGCUCAGAUGGUGGCACAACGUAACAGGGAGUUAAUAAGUCAUCAUAUCAGACAGCAAAGAAUGGCCAUGAUGAUGCAGCAGCAACAGCAACAACCUCCAGCCUUCAGUCCUCCCCCAAAUGUAGCUGCCUCAGGAAACAUCGAUGGUGCUGUUACAGGCUCUCUGAUGGCUCCUGUCCCACCCCAACAGUUUCCGUAUUCUCCAAAUUAUGGAAUGAGCCAGCAACCUGAUCCUGCCUUUAGCAGGGUAUCAAGUCCUCCCAAUGCCAUGAUGGCUCAAAGAGUUGGACCGUCACAAAAUUCAAUAUUGCCACAUCCCCAGGCUUCACCAAUGUACCCAACGCCAGAGAUGAAGGGAUGGCCUUCAGGAAACAUUGCCAGGAGCAGUUCUUUUCCACAGCAGCAGUUCAGCCACCCAGGGAAUCCUGCAAGUUACAAUAUGAUACACAUGAACAGUAGUGGAGGCCACAUGGGCCAAAUGAAUAUUAAUACUAUGCCUAUGUCAGGAAUGGCCAUGGGUCCUGAUCAGAAAUAUUGCUGACAUAUCCUGCCAGGAUCCCCUAACAGGCUGAUGCCAUAGAUGUUGGUGAACUGUAUUACAGAAAAGUGCACAAAGUAUCAUGUCAAACAUGUAGCCUUAUGGAAAAAAAACCACUCCCUUUCCAUGAAGAUAUCCUAAGUGACUUUAUAAGUUAUGAAGUUUGGAUGUGAUGGAUAGAAUCAAAAUGUCACUGUAUAAUGUUACAAAAGGGUCAAAUAUUACUUUGGCAUUCUACCUAUAGGAACAUAGCAACAACAUUUGAGUAAGUGUAAUGGGCAGAUAGUUUGUAUACUAAUUCUAUUCAAAGCCCAUAACUACAGGCAGACCAAAGUGCCUGGAGAAAUCCUGGUAAUAAUCUUGAGUUACAUAGUAAGAGCUUCUGAUAAAAUGUAGCUCUUGGCCUUGAUGUAACCAUGAAACAAAGCAGUCAACUGUCAUGCUGCUGUUAAAGUUGCUUCCAUAUGUUGGAAUUUGGAUCUGCAUAUUACAACUCAUACGCGUCAUAGAAUCCAAAUUAUGCUUUUGAUGCCAAAAGGUUUCAGGGAGAUACGUAUAAUUAUGACAGAGAUCUCCACCCUGAUGUGCAGGUUUGUGCACUUUACAAAAUGAUAUAUGGAAAUGCAAUAUGGUUAAGAAUGAUUGGAUGGAACCUCUCCCUUUUUAAGAUCAUUCUAAAUUGCAGUUACAUACUGUGUUUCUAAUCAUGGUAAUUGAAGCAAUAAUCACAGUUCCUGAACUUCAUAUAAAACUCAAAAAGACAUUGGAGUUUGAAACAAAACUGUUUGUGAAUAUGUUUUGUAAAUAUCUUUAAGAUGUUGUACGAUAAAUAUAUGACUUUUGUAGGUCACUAACUCAUUUUUGCAGAGUUUGUGAAGCUAUUUAACAAAAGAUAAUUUCUGUAAACUCAAUUUAGUUAAGAGUCGUCCAAAUAGGAUUUUUUUAAUUAUUAUUUAAAUGGUUUUGGAGCUGGGUAACUGUAGCCCUUGUUGUCUCUUGGUUUCUGACAAUUUAUUUAGAAAAUUAUGUACUGGCUUUUUAAGAUAUUUUGGGCAUAUUUUAGUGGUCUUAAAUUUUUCUCUAUACUUUAAGUGUGCACUUUGUUACUUUUUUUAAUAGAGAGCAAUUUGAUGACAAAAAGGCUCAUUUUAGCUGUUAACAGUUUGUUGAAUUUUUAAUAUAAUCUGCUUUUUCAACAAAAGAGCCUCUGCUCCAGGCCACUUGGCUAACUUUUAAAGAAAUUCAGUGUUACUCAGAACAUGUUUUUGUGUGUGUUAAAUGUCUUCUGUCAUCUGGAGGCCAAAUCUCUUGUGUAACUUACCCAGAAUCUUUUGUGAAUGGCAAUUAAUCAAUUAUAUUACACCUUCUUGCAAUAUGGGCAACAAAUAAAUUUAUUUUUAUGCAUUACCCUUCAUAUCAUUAUCUACAACUUUAAGGCUAGAAAUGCCAUAGUUUUUCUUUCUCUUUAUGGCAAAUAAAUGAAAGUCUGUGUAUUGCCUUUUUUUCCAGGAAAAUAACUGUAAUGAUUCAGAAUGAACUAUUUCAAAAGGUAGAUUAAAAUGUCUGAAGCAGUGUAGUGUGUAGUUUCAUUAUUCCUAUUACAUUUUCAAAUUAGUUCUUCUUGAAUAUGUAAACUGGUAAUUUUGAUUACAGUAUUUGAUUUGUAUUGGAAAUUUAUUUUAACUUUUGCAGAAGCUUUGCAAAAGAUAGAAUUUCUUUUGCUCCCUCUACUCCAAGGCUGCUGUAUUCUGAGCACACACUGAACUGUGGCCUUUUUAUAUAGUUCACCCAGUGAUUGUAUUACAUUUUCUUAAAGUUAUCUUUUAAAUAUUUGAGUUUUGACCCAGAGUUAUGUGUAUUCUGAUGUGCAUAUUUUCCCUGUAAAUGACCAGAAGCUUCCUUAUCCUUUUACUUUUUCUGAAAUAUCAGUUAAUCUGUAAGUUAAUGAAUUAUAUUUAAUGUUUAAAUUGUAGUAGCUUUGAGUAAUUAUUUAAAGCAUAAUUCAUAUGAAACUCCACAUCUCAUCACAUAUUAAAACCUUAAUAGUAAAUAAUUGAGGGAAUAUGUUGCACAGAUUCAUAUCACAACUUCUGGGCAUUCAAGGUGCCUCUGAAUUGAGGUUUGUUGUGUUGUAGACAAGUCAUUUACUGUGUUUAUUACAGUAAAAAAAGCUUUUUAGAAGCCAUUUUAAGUGCAAAGUGCAACCUCAUGGUGAAAAGCUAAAAAGCAGAUACUGUAUGUGCAAAACAUUAUGAAUCUCAAACUAGUUUCAAACUUGAAAGGGGCUGUUCUUACAUCCCGUGAAGCAUUCUGCAAUAUGAGAACUCUUCCUAUGAAGUUGGAACAGUUGGUAAAAUUAAAAGUUUUAUAGGUCUUGAGGAUUUUGGUAACAGCUAUGAGCUCAGUUGCUUUAUAAAGUUUGGUCUGUCAUCUGACACAGUUUCUAUUUCCUUCUUUUUAAACUCUGGUUUCAUUAUUCCUAUUAUAUUUUCAAAUUAGUUCUUCCUGAAUAUGAAUGAAUAUUCCUGAGUAUUUGUAAAAUCUGAUAUUUGCUGUCCACUGAUUCUUUUCCCUGUUGAUACUUCUUUACUGAUUCCAACAAUUUAAAAAUAAAUUUUAAGUACAAAAACAAUCAUACAUUUGCAAAAACUGCAUUUUGAAUCGCUACUAAGAAGAAAAAUCUUAAGUACUGUUAAUUCAAAAUAUCAACUUUCCACCACAAUUGGGACUGGAAUUUUGGUGACAAGUCACAGUGGUUAUAAAUCAAGACACCCAAGUGAUUGGACCUAAUUUUAGAUAGUAGUUAAGCGAAUCACAAGAUUAUAAAUAU